UUGGACAACUCUAAACCUUUGGUCAUGCCGUUAGUUUUACAGUUAUUGAUUUAUUUUUGCGACAGUAAUUCAAUAAUAUUUUUGUUUAGUGGAAGAGUCGCAGAAGAAAGCGAAGCAAAGAGAUCAACCAAAUCACAGCUAGCUUGUUGUUCAGCAGGCGAGAUUUUCGGUUCUGUGUGUAAAUUAGGCGGAAUUUGUGUAUUUGGAGAGAAAAUGGGUGUGAAGCAAGCGAUAAGAAGCCUGGACGCGUUUCCGCGUGCAGAAGACCACUUGAUGCAGAAAACUCAAUCAGGCGCAUUUGUAUCUGUUGUUGGUCUGGUGAUUAUGACCACAUUGUUCGUGCAUGAGCUAAGGUAUUAUCUGACAACAUAUACGGUUCAUCAGAUGGCUGUGGAUCUGAAACGCGGGGAAACUCUUCCCAUCCAUAUCAAUAUGACAUUCCCAUCAUUACCAUGUGAUGUUAUAAGUGUGGAUGCAAUUGAUAUGUCAGGGAAACAUGAAGUCGAUCUCGACACAAAUAUAUGGAAACUUCGCUUGAACAGUGAUGGCUAUAUUAUUGGUACAGAGUAUAUUUCAGACCUUGUAGAAAAGGGACACACGUCUCAUAAGCACGAUGAUGACAAAACUAGUCACGAGGACAUCAAAUCACAUGUUGAAGGUUUGGAUCAAGGGGUUAAAGAUACAGUGAAGGAUGUGAAACAAGCAUUACUAACUGGCGAAGGAUGUCGUGUAUAUGGGGUUUUGGAUGUCCAAAGGGUUGCUGGAAACUUUCAUAUUUCAGUUCAUGGAUUAAAUAUCUUUGUUGCUCAAAUGAUCUUUGAAGGGGCUACACAUGUGAAUGUAAGUCACAUCAUCCAUGACUUAUCAUUUGGGCCAAAAUAUCCAGGAAUUCAUAAUCCUCUUGAUGGGACAUCAAGAAUUGUUCAGAAAGGAAGUGGAACUUUCAAAUACUACAUAAAGGUGGUUCCAACUGAAUAUAAUUAUUUAUCGAAGGAAGUUUUACCUACAAAUCAAUUCUCUGUUACAGAAUAUUUUUCCCCCAUGCAUGAAUUUGAGAGGACAUGGCCAGCUGUCUACUUUUUAUAUGAUUUAUCACCGAUCACGGUGACCAUUAAAGAGGAACGGCGCAGUUUUCUACACUUCAUAACUCGGCUAUGUGCCGUACUAGGGGGUACAUUUGCUGUAACAGGGAUGCUAGAUAGGUGGAUGUACAGACUUGUUGAGGCCGUUGUGAAGCCGAAUGCUAAGAGUGGAUACAGAUGAAAAUUGGGGGUGUGAGGGCAGCAGUAAAUUGGACGGCAUAUUUGAGUAACUUGUUUACCACGGGCAGAAAUCGACGCAGCUAUGUUAUAGAUAUAGCGUCACACAGCGACACCUAUACACAGCCAGGGAAAAUGGAGCAUUAAUAUAUAUCAUUUGGUCGUAAUGUAAUUGAUUGAAUAUAGUGUGUGGUCGCAUGUGACAAGUCACCAACAAGCAUUUUACAAGGUCUCAUUGACUUCUUUUUGUUAGAGAUGUAUUAGUAGCUCUAUAUUGGUGGCUAAAUACUCCCUGAGGUUUAGUAUGAAACAGGUCAUGGAUGUGUUCAUAUCAAUACACUUUCAGAAAAAUUAGAUGCUGUGUUUAAAGAAUCGGUUCUAGUCGUUUAUGUACUUUGACUCAGAAAGUUCAGGAAUAUACACAUCCUACUUGUGUCUCCUUACA